UAAUUGUUUUUUCAUCUGUAGAUUUCAUAUGUACUCUUCAAAAAUUUAACAAUGUCCUUGACUGCACUAUUUAAAAAUAUUUGAGCAGGUCUAGUUUAUACUGGUUUUUUUGGGGGUUGGUGGGGGUUUCUCUCUGCAGUGAAUAACGGUACUACUUUUGUACUUGUUGCUGCUUAGUGAAUUUUGGCUAACGUUCAAAAUGUUGUAUAACUAUUAUAAUAUCGAAGGCACGUUCUUCAAACUGGUUUCGACUGUUAACGAUAUGCACACCUAAGUCGUUAUAACAAUAAUCUCGGGUGGACCACAGUCGGUUGUGAAAAAAAAACAAAAUACUACACUCGAUGCGAAUAUGCGUUCUGCCAUAUUGAUAUCAGCAAUCUGUUCGUUAACCGUCGACUUUGUCCAUACCUCAGCCGACGGUCUGCCUAGUUUCGAGAUCGAUUAUGACAACAACCGAUUCCUUAAGGACGGACAAGCCUUUCAGUAUGUAUCCGGUUCGAUGCAUUACUUCCGAGUGCCCAGGGCCGAUUGGAGGAAUCGAAUUCAAAAAAUGAAGGCAGCCGGCCUCAACGCCAUAUCGUUUUAUAUUGAAUGGAGUACGCAUGAACCUGAGCCUGGCAUUUAUAACUUCAGAGGAAAUGCCGAUUUUGAAUACUUUAUUCAAUUGAUGCGAGAGGAGGAAAUGCUAGCUCUAAUAAGAAUAGGACCAUUUAUUCAAGCUGAAAGAGAUUUCGGUGGUUUGCCAUAUUGGUUACUAAAGAUAAAACCAAGAGUGAACGUUAGAACCAGCGACCCAACUUUUAAGAAGUACGUUAAAAAAUGGUUUUCAGUUCUAUUACCGAAAUUAGUUCCACAUUUGUACGAGAACGGAGGUAACAUCAUUAUGAUUCAGAUUGAAAACGAAUACGGACACAACGAACUAGGAUUUUGCGACAAAAAGUAUACGACUUGGCUUAGAGACACCGUACAAAGUUUCAUCGGUUAUCGCGCAAUACUUUACACAACAGACGAAUGCGAUAUAAACUAUCAACGGUGUGGUAGUAUACCGAAAGUGUAUACAACGGUGGAUUUUUCUCCACUGAGCGACGAGGUCGAGUGUUUUGGGUACAUGAGGCAAGUGGAGAAGCGAGGACCGUUGAUCAAUUCCGAAUUCUACACUGGUUGGAUAGCGUUUUGGGGACAGCCCAGACCACCCCGGAACGCUCAAGACAUCGUCACAAUGAUGAAAAGGGUUAUGGCUUACAACGCGUCGUUUAACUUCCUUAUGUUCCACGGCGGCACAAACUUCGGAUUGACUUCCGGAGGUACCUUCGUCGGUGGUUCAUCUCUGGACACGGCGGUUUACAUGCCCCAACUGACCACGUAUGACUUCACGUCGCCGUUGGACGAAGCAGGAGACCCUACUGAAAAAUACUUUGAAAUCCAGCGAGUCCUCCGAGAAGCAAAUUUUUCAAAGAAUACCAUCCCAACACCAAAACCGUCGCUUAAGUACAGCUAUGGCACUGUGAAUAUGCUGCCAGUUACUGGCUUGCUGGACCAAGUUCCCCGUAAUCUCUUUACAACAGUGACCAACCAAAAGCCAUUGAGUUUCGAAGACAUAGAUAUGAACCAAGGUUUAGUGUUGUACGAAACCGUUUUGCCAGGAAAUGGAACAGCAGCACGAUUGCCGUUGACAAUCAAUCUUCUCAGAGAUCGAGCAAUUAUUUUCUUAGACCACGCGAAAUUGGGAACAAUGAGUCGGUCUGGUUUCAACACGACCAUGGACUUGUUGGUAACUGGAAGUAAACAGAAAUUGAGCAUCCUCGUCGAGAACCAAGGCAGAUGCAGCAACGGGAAAUUUAUCGAAGACAGAAAGGGAAUUUUGGCGGACGUAACGCUGGGGAACCAAACUCUGGGACCGUGGUCGAUGACCAGAUAUCCGUUAAAUGACACUUCUUGGUUGACCGACAUGGACGUCUUACCGGAUGUCCGGACUCCGGCAUUCUACCGUGGAGUGUUCGUGGUGCCCGAAGACGGUGUACGCGAAAAACCGUUAGAUACGUUUUUGGACCCUUCGGGAUGGACCAAGGGUGUAGCCUUCGUCAACGGUUUCAACGUCGGUAGAUACUGGCCAGCCGUGGGACCUCAGAUCACUUUGUACGUGCCGGGUGCACUAUUGGUUCGGGGCCUCAACACUUUAGUGCUAGUAGAACUGGAAGAAGCCGCCGAAGAUUUAACUGUGAAAUUUGUCGACAAACACCGUCUUGACGGAUAAUCUAACAAAUUCUAGUACACAUUAACCUAGUCCAAUAUAAAGAAUUAAAUAAAUUGUAAAAUAUAUUGAUCCAACAA